CCGCUUCCGGGGGGCGGUGUCUCUGGGUCGGCUUCGGCGUCACCUGCUCGGGAGAAGGGGGGAAACAAGAUCUCCAGCUGGGGGGAUCUGCCUGGACCGGACACUAGCGCCCUUGGCUCCGUGGUGAACAAGCACAGCCGACAUGGCGAAUCACAUCAGAUUUAUCGCUCGGACAGUGAUGGUCCCUGAUGGGAACAUGGAGGCUGCUUACCGCGUGCUCAACAGGAUCUUGACUAUGGAUGGGAUUGUCGCUGAAGCCCAGCGACGCCGGUAUUACGAGAAACCGUGCCGCAGGAGGCAGCGGAUAACCUAUGAAACAUGCCGGAGGAUUUAUAACACAGAAAUGGCCCGGAAGAUCAACUUCCUGAUGCGGAAGAAUCGCCCAGACCCUUGGCUUGGUUGCUAGGCUGGAAGGGGAUCCGGCGCGGGACCAAAAUGUCCUCUUGACAGCUUUCUGAACAGAGCUGACUGAAUCGGCUGACCAGAUCGGGCCCAGCCUGGUUCCGGAUUUUCUUUUUUUGCAUCAGGACAGUUGCAGACGCAAAUAAAACAUAAAGC